AUGGUGCCCCCCCACUGCCAGGUUUUCCGCCGGCAGCGGCCAGCCCACAGGGGUCUGGAGAAGCUGCUGCAGGAGUUCUCCCGCCAAGGGCACACCCUGUCCCAGGUGUGCAGAGAGAAGGCAGUGCUGGCACAGGAGAACGCUGCCCUGGAAGCCCGACUGGCAGCCACGGAGCGGGACCUGCGAGGCCUUUCAGAGCAGCUGGCAGAGGCCAGGUCAGAGAAGGAGAGCCUGCAAAGCAGCCUGCUGGAGGCUGAGCAGCACAUAUGGGAGCUGGAGAUAGCCAGGAGCCGUGUGGAAGCCCAAGUGUGCAGGGCCAGGCAGGCCAAGGAGGCGAUACUGGAGGAUGUGAGGGGCCUUCAUCGUGAGCUGCUGGCUGUAAGAGCUCUCAGCCAGCAGCAAUGUGAAGACAUGGCUGAACAGCUCCGCUGGGCACAAGAGCAGUGCUGCAAGGCUCUGAGACUCUGGCAAUCUGCCCAGGAAGAGGAAAAAAGGAAUCUCAUGAGAGAACUGGAGAGACAACUGGAAGAGCAGCAUGUGGAGGCACGGAAGCAGCUGGAGGAAUGGGCAAACUUCCUGGCGGAGAUGCUGCAGGAAGAGCAGCGUCAGAAGAUUGCUGUCAUCCACAAGGUGUACCAGCUGCAGAGAGAGCUGAAGCAAAGUGAGCAGCUGAGGCAGAGGCUGAAUGAGCAGUGGCAGAACGGGCAGGUCAUGCUGCAGGCUGAGCUGCAGGAAGCUGAGAGGAAGAUGAUGGCAAUGGAGAAGAGGCACCAAGAGGAAAUGGAAAGGAUGCACAAGGUCCUGCUGCAGUGCAGGCUGGCUGAAGAAAAGCAGGUGGACGCAGGAUCUGCCAUCGAAGCUGCUGGUGCAGCAGCAUCCUGCCAAGAAGCCUCCUCUCCACAGCCUGAAAACCAGAGCAUGAGCAGCUCGGCCCACUCAAGCCAGGAGAGAGAGAAGCAGUUCCUGAAGCUGCUGAGGUGUGUGGUGAGUGUGGAAGAUCCAGAAAAAAAGUACACUGGAUGGGAACAUCUUGGCAGUGGGGGCUUUGGAGCUGUUUAUAAGGCCUUCGACACUGCCACAGGACAAGCGGUGGCUGUAAAGGAACUUUAUCUCCAGCACCAGGGCUGUGAGGGAAUAUUAAAAGAAAUCCUGCUCAUGAGAGAAAAUAAGAACGCCAAUAUUGUCAGCUACUUAGAAAGCUACCUUGUGGAUGAGGCUGUCCUGCUGGUGUUGGAAUAUAUGGAUGGAGGCUCCUUAGCUGAUGUGGUCACUGUGAGAAGGAUGGCUGUAGGACACAUAGCAACAGUGUGUCGGGAGUGCCUGCAAGGCCUGGCUUUCCUUCAUGCCAAGCAGGUGAUCCACAGAGACAUCAAAAGCGACAACAUCCUUCUGGGCCGGGAUGGCUCCGUCAAGCUGGCUGAUUUUGGCCUCUGUGCUGUGCUCAGCCCUGAGCACAGGAAAUGGAGGUUGAUGGUCGGGACCACUUACUGGAUGGCACCCGAGGUGGUGAGAAGAGAGCCUUACGGCCCCAAAGUGGACACCUGGUCCCUUGGCAUUGUGGGGAUAGAAAUGGCCACAGGAGAGGCUCCUUAUAUGCAGGAGACCAGUGUCAAGGCCAGCUACCUGAUAGGCAAGCAAGGGGUUCCAAAUCUGCACCAGCUCAGGCUACCCCCUGGCUUGUGUGAAUUUCUGGGCUGCUGCCUGCAGAUGGAUGUGGACAGGCGAGGCUCUGCCAAGGAACUUCUGCAGCAUCCAUUUCUGCAAUCAGCGGAGCCUCUCUUAAGCCUCUUCUGACAGCCUGAUUGCUGCUAUCCCUGCAGCAAGGGAAUGCAAGAAGCAAAGGAGAUGACAAGGUGUGAGAGUCUGUCCGAAACUUCCCUCAUUUUUUGCCUCUCGAUCGUCAUGAAAGCCAAGACCACCGGGGAAAGGGAAAGAUCCUGUUCUGAAAAUCCAGGUCUGUCUGGUCCACCAAGCCAGAUUAUUGCCUACGGGUGUGUUUGCUCAACUCAUGGAACACUGCACCCAAGAAGGGGCAGUGUGCUCUCCUUCGCCUGCAUCACCUAGCAACGCUAGUGCUGGAAUUUCUCCACCCUUCUGACUUGGCUGGACUUUCUCUCUGGAAUGACCUUUCUGGAGGUCACCACAAAAGGACCCUCCAUUCACCGUACAUCAACCACCGUGACAGAUGGACUGAGAUGGGAGAAGGUUCUCCCCUCAAGGACUGAGACGUGCGACCCCUACAUGGAAAAGCUCGUCUCUUUUCCCAAAAGGACUGAGACUGAAAUCCCCACCGUAGGGUGAGGGAAGGUAUGCGUGGGGACCGGAGCAAGUUUUGCAAGCGACCACUGGACCGAGAAGACAAUGGUUCCUGCCUACGACAUCUGCUGCUGACGACGCCUGUUCCUGAUGGACUACUGAUGGACUCCUUGUACCCUUUAUCAAUAGACUAUUUUGAAAUGGGUCCCCUUCCCCCAUUUCAAAAGGACUAUAAAAAAGGUUAGACCUGACUGAUACCUUUGAGAUCUCCCCUGACGUGAAGACGACAGGCCUCUUCGUCGACCGGACUUCGAGGGUCUUUGUCAUCUGCACGUCUGGUAGCUAUAUACCUCCUUGCCCUCCCUCUCUUCUUUUUCUUUUCCUUACUCUUUUCCCUUUCUUCAUUCCCCUUCUCUCUAACACAUCUUUGCUAUGGCUAUUUAAUAAAAGUACAUGUAUUUUGAUUUUACUGCAAAUCCCCUUGUCAUGUCAGUUUUUGCACCCUGAGAUCAGUGAAAAAGAACCUACACGAAUCAUGUCCUUAGGACGGAUCGUGUAAUAAAUUGGAUCUUGGGUCACGGAUCUUGGGUUCUGGGGACGGAGGUGUCUGCAGGUUACGUGUAGUUUGUAACAGGGGAAGGACGUUUCACAGCAGCCGCACCUAAACCGUCAAGUUUCCCGAAAGGGGUUGAACGGAUUUAGAAAGCAAGGGCUGUGAUUCGAAUUUCCCGCAUACUGCACAAACCAAGGCGGAAAAAGCAUCCUCCAAACUCUUUUUGAGGGUUCUGUCUCCAGAAUAUCACAAAAGAUCUCUUGGUGCAAAAGGGGGAAAAAAAACCAAAAAAACAACUGUUUCUGUUGUAAGAGUGUGUUUAACUGUCUGGAAAGGAAGAGACACCUCGAAGAAACUAAGCAGGGCCUCCCAGAUUGACUCUGUCUCUUCAGCCACCCAGGGAAAAAGUUGAGUGAAGGGAAAACACAGUGUGUGAUUGUGUAACCGAAAACACCUCCCUGUUGUGGUCCCUAGUCCCUUCACAAGAUGAAUGAAGAUUUUGGUGCCAAGGCAAAAACUGAUUUUUACACACUACUUGCUAAACACAAUGCAAAACCUUCACCAGGCGGAGAGGCCUGGGCAAAGAACAAUUGGUUUAAUUUAGAAAAUGUUGUUGGUAGAAUAUGUUCUCUGCAGCAUGAAACAAAAUUUAAACUUGGUAAAGAUAAAACCAUCCUCUGCUCAGUUUUGGGAGCCUGCCUCACAGCAGCCAUAGAAACUCGCUUUAAGCGAAGAAGUGAGGAAAAUGCUAUAAUAGACUCCCUUCAAAACUUAGUUGGAGUUUUGCAAAAACAAUUAGAUGAAGAAAGAAAUGAAAAUAAUUUAUUACGGGCUGCCUUGAGAGAGGUACAUGUUAAAAAUUCACAGAACUUUGAUUCCUCAAAAGAAACAGAGGAGAAGGAAACUUCUCACCUUAAUCAAAAUUACCUCCAAAAAGAAUUAGUUCUGAUGAAAAAUUUUGGGGAACCCUGUUGUUGCAAUAGCAUGAAACCUCAAAUUAAAACAGAAUGCAACUAUAUUAGUGAUGAGGACUUUGACCCACAUAUAAUCACUAAAGAAACCCUAUACACUGCUACUGAAUUAACAAAACUUGCAAAGCAGUAUGGGCUUCUUUCCUACAAAACUGAAACAAAAUCUCUCACUGGGAAAGUUCAAACACAUUUGUCAGAACAAGAAGCCGGUGGGUACUGGGGACAUGGAGUGUUCUUACCAACGGGAGACAGACGCAUCCCAUGGUCCCUAAUUCAGCAUAUAGCUUAUUGGACAGAGGGGCUUAACCCCUCGGAAAGGGGAAACCUUUUAACCAUAGCUGGUACCCCUGACCAACUCCUGGAAAACAUUCACAAAGCUGCCUGCUUGCAAAUAAUGCAUGAAAGAAAACCAACUACAAGCUAUGAGUCACCAAUGCAAUCACCUGUAAAGUCUAAAAUUAUGACCUCUUUAAUGCAAAGGUUUUCAGAAACACUUAAACCUAUAGCAAUUUUCCCUCAAAAACCCAUAGCAGCUAUGUCCCCUAUAGAAACACCAGAUAAACUUCUUAGUAACCAGAAUAACCCAUUUGUUCCCUCUUAUGACUUGCCGAGAAAAGGGAUAAAAUGGGAUUGGAGUCUUUCUCAGGAGAAAGCACUGCAAUUGCUGAUUUUUGAAGCAACAGCUCACCAAGCACUGGACCCUAUCCAUCCUACAGAUCCCUUUCAGGUAGAGUGGGGAUUUGCCUCCUCAGGGUUAUCAGUACACAUUGGGCAGCGGGGUCCCGAGGGUCCAACAAGGCCUGUUGGUUUUUAUUCCCAUAGUUUCAAAGAUGCUGAGAGAAGAUACUCUACCUGGGAAAGAGGUUUGUCUGUGGUUAUCUUAAUUCUCCUAGAAGCAGAAAAAAACUUAGCAAUACAAGAAACUGAGAGCUUGGGUAGCAGCCAAAACAAGCUUGCCUCUGUGAUUAAAGCAACCCCUCCUUUCUUCCCCACUUCUGCUAACAGAGAGGGAGAAGGCAGUGCUCAGGUAGAGGAACUGUUAACCAUUUGUAGUAUUUUCCAGUGUAAGGGACAGAAUUAUUUUCUUGUCUGUAUUAACAUCAAGUCCUAUGCCACACUUGUAUUUGUGUUGUUUCAGGCCGAUGCUUUUAAAAGAGCUACAGGAAAUAAUACUGUUAAAGCAAUACAGGGAUGGUUUGGAAUUUGAAAAGUGCGCAGGAUUGGGCAAAAGGUGAAGGGAUUGAAUGGACUUCUCACACCCCUUACGAUAGAUGGGGGGCAAAUGGGUGUCCUAAAAUCACUGCUUUUUGCCUGACAGCUCCAAGCAUAACUCCUUCACUACACGGACCAGAUGAUUUCAAGAACCCAGCACAUUACCCUGGACAACCUGGUUUUGGUGGACCACCCCCUAUUGUAGGGGAAGUACCACUGGUGUUAAAAACCUCUCUGACAAUCCCAUUGUUCUAACUCUUUCUGCCUCUUCGUGGCAGAUUCUGUUGUGCUUAUUUUUUACAGAAGAACUCCGUGGGACAUGAAGACCUGAGAAACCAUGAUAACACUAGCAUUGUACAACAAAUAUAAUGUUUUCCUUUCCCUUUAUGGUAACACAAAGUGAUAAUAUUACACUUAACAUGUAAAUUAAGUAAACUUGAACAAAUUGGCCGCUAUGAGUGAAAAUCUGACCAAAUUACAGCAACCACUGCAAUCAUCCUUAACACAUCAGUGGCUGCUAUCAAACAUACUACCAAAUUGGGAAAAGGUAAAUGUAAACGACCACAAAUUGGUGAUUGAUGCACUCAAUGCCACACAAAAUAAUGUUUCUUUGGCUCUCAGCUGUAUUCAGGCUCAAUUGUGAAUGCAGUCAGUUGCUGCCUCAAUUAAAAAGGAAGGUGAAGAAGGCACUUUUCCCACUGAAAUUUGAAAAAUAAUCUGGGACAGUGCUACUGACUUUGAAAGAGAAUUCCAAUCCUGGUGGAAUUUGGUGAAUUUCACUUAUAACCCCAUUUCAAACACGGCCACAGCUUUUGUGUUAACCAUACGUAGUGCUUCAGUACAUUUGGUUUUUCCUAUUACAGCAUUAGGGAUAAAUCAUGACGGAGCUAUUCUCUAUCCUUCGGAGCAUAGGGAAUGGGCCCGCCAGAUUAACAACAAAUGGCAAACUGUCAAUCUGGAAUCUUGUAUUGUCCGUGAACAACAAGGGUUCAUCUGUGAAAGCAAUGCAAUCAUAGCCCAGGAUAUCUGUCUGGACACAGAGCAGAAUAUCUGUCACUUUGAAAUACAUCCUAACGAGACUUCUGAAAGGGUUCUCAUAUACAUAGGCAAUGGAUGUGCAUGCUUUAGAACUGCCUGUGAUCUUGUAUUUGUAGAAAAUGUAGUAGUGGAUACUAAGAAUCAUUCAAAUUUCUGUGCUUGUAAUUUUACCAGAAUUGUAGGAUGUGAUUUCUCUUAUGUAGCUCCAGUUACCUCUCACCAACUUUUGCAAUCUAAUUACACCCUGAUUCACAAAUUGAUACCUACUCCAAUUGGGAUGAACCUCACUUUGGUAAAGCAGUUGCUGCUCCACCAAGACUUGGCUGAGAUUCUGGGAAAGAUCAAGAAAGAUGGGCAGAAGACCCUAGUAACUGUUCAUCACAAUGUAAAACAAAUACACCGUGUCAUGGGAAAGAGUAAAGAGAGAUGCCGAGCACAAGUGGUGGGAUACUCUUUUUGGGUGGUCACCAACUGCCACAAGUGUCCUGAACACCAUGUGUCAUCCUAUUGUUGUCCUUUUGAUCCUGGUUUCGAUUGGUUUUGUUUUGUCAGCAAUCUUGUUUGUCAUGAAUUGGAGAAUGAUGAAACAGUUAACAAGACUGACGUCCAUAAUUAAUGCACACAAUUUGGCUGAUGUCCUUUUUACUAUGGACGUCCCCAAGACAAUUGACACAAGACGAUUAUUAAUCAGUAGAUGUGUUUUGAAAUAACUUUUUAUCUUCCAUUUUGUAACUUUGUUAAAUUUAUAUUCAUUUUAUUAUUGCUUUUACUUUUGACCAUUUGUGAUUUUAUUUUGAUUAUUUGAUUACCAUUUGUGAUUUUUCAAUUAUUUAAGAUAAUAAUCUGUGAUUUUGUUCCAAUUAUUAUUUUGAUCAUUUUCAAUUAUUAUUUAAUUAUUUGCUAAAAAAGUUGUUUUGAUUUUGUUUUGCUAAUUGAUUCUCUUUUUCGCCCUUCUUUUAUUUCUUCUUAUCUUUUUUUAAUCUCUUUUCCUCUCUCUCUCUGUCAUACUGUCCCUAUUUUCUGAGGUAUGCUACCAGCGUGAAGGAGACUUGAAGACCUGCUGAUGAAGAUCCUUUCAAGACAAUCGUGAGUCACGGGGUCGUGUGAGAGUCUGUCCGAAACUUCCCUCAUUUUUUGCCUCUCGAUCGUCAUGAAAGCCAAGACCACCGGGGAAAGGGAAAGAUCCUGUUCUGAAAAUCCAGGUCUGUCUGGUCCACCAAGCCAGAUUAUUGCCUACGGGUGUGUUUGCUCAACUCAUGGAACACUGCACCCAAGAAGGGGCAGUGUGCUCUCCUUCGCCUGCAUCACCUAGCAACGCUAGUGCUGGAAUUUCUCCACCCUUCUGACUUGGCUGGACUUUCUCUCUGGAAUGACCUUUCUGGAGGUCACCACAAAAGGACCCUCCAUUCACCGUACAUCAACCACCGUGACAGAUGGACUGAGAUGGGAGAAGGUUCUCCCUCAAGGACUGAGAUGUGUAACCCCUACAUGGAAAAGCUCCCCUCUUUUCCCAAAAGGACUGAGACUGAAAUCCCCACCGUAGGGUGAGGGAAGGUAUGCGUGGGGACCGGAGCAAGUUUUGCAAGCGACCACUGGACCGAGAAGACAAUAGUUCCUGCCUACGACAUCUGCUGCUGACGAUGCCUGUUCCUGAUGGACUACUGAUGGACUCCUUGUACCCUUUAUCAAUAGACUAUUUUGAAAUGGGUCCCCUUCCCCCAUUUCAAAAGGACUAUAAAAAAGGUUAGACCUGACUGAUACCUUUGAGAUCUCCCCUGACGUGAAGACGACAGGCCUCUUCGUCGACCGGACUUCGAGGGACUUUGUCAUCUGCACGUCUGGUAGCUAUAUACCUCCUUGCCCUCCCUCUCUUCUUUUUCUUUUCCUUACUCUUUUCCCUUUCUUCAUUCCCCUCUCUCUAACGCAUCUUCUCUAUGGCUAUUUAAUAAAAGUACACGUAUUUUGA